AGAGUGUGGUAAAUGCAGCUCAGAUCAGACAGUCACGAAUGUAAUCGACAUUAGACGAGGGUACAAAAAAAAAAGAGUGGUGUUUGAUAAAUAUACAAUAGGUAUACCUAAAUGUGUGAGUGUUUUCAUGUUUUGUGCCUUUUAUCACGAAUGUAUAAACUUAUGGAAAAUCCGUAGACACAUAUAUGUCUAUGGGAAUUAAAGACAGUGCAAAUCGCGCUGCUGCUAGUGAGAAAGGCAAGAGGACCCGAUGUUGUAACAAACGGCCAAAAUGGAAGAGAGAAGCGUUCAUAGCAGUAUCAGCGAUAUAAAUAGUGAAGAGGCGGUUAGAACUGAACCUUUAAAAAUUCCACGUAGGAAGAGAAUAUGUUUGGUUGGUGCAGCAAGUGAAGAUCCAUCGCUCGGAGCUGCUGCUCAACAAUUCAGUGUACCAGUGUUAAAAUCUCAAACCGGAAUAGAAUAUAUUGAAGAUACCGCAUAUUGCACUUAUUUUAUUUUAAAAGAAUUCGAAGGUUAUGAAUAUGAUGUGUUACACAAGAGUGCCCACAGAAUAUUGGGACCAACAGCUCUCCUACAGUUGGCAGAAAAGAAGGAAUCGUUACCAAGUAACAAUCGGCCAAUGUACACUCAAGCAAUGAAUGGAACAGUGGUCGUAUUUACUGGUUUCAGAAAGAAAGAUGAGUUGACAAAACUUAUUAAUAUGAUUCACAAUAUGGGGGGAAGUAUUCGAAAAGAAAUGGGCGCAAAAGUUACCCAUCUUAUUGCAAAUUGUUGUGGAGGUGAAAAAUAUAGGUACGCAGUUACAUUUCGAGUGCCUAUUAUGUCGAUGAAUUGGGUAACUGCCCUUUGGGAUCUGAAAGAUGAUGUUACCUGUUAUGGUACCAAUGAAGAAUUAAUUUCAGCAUGUAAAUUAAAACCAUUUUAUGGGGCGAAAGUAUGCUUUUUUGGUUUUCCUGAGGAAGAGAAGAAGCACAUGUGUGAAGUUCUCCAACAACAAGGAGGAGAACCCACAGAAAUUGACGAUCCAAACUGCACUCAUGUGGUGAACGACUUAGGCAAGAAUCAGUGCAGCAUAACCGACAGUGCGAACAACACGCUACCAUACUUUAAGAAUUCGUGCUAUUCUCUUCAGACUCCUCUUCGUAAAUCGAAAACCGAGCCCUUCUCCUUUUUUAAUAAUAAUAAUAAUAAUAAUAACAAUAACGAUCCUUCCGCCAAUAUAACUAAUUAUUCACAACUAACUGACAUUGAUUUCAAUCCUGAUAAUCGUGAUAUUUUAUUCUCAAGUUCAUUUUCAAAUAGUUCAAUAUAUUCUCACGAUUCCAUUUCAUUAAAUAAUAAUAAUAAUAAUAAUAAUAAUAACGAUUCAGCAAUUUGUAUGAAUUUUAAAACAAAUCAUUUAAAUAUUUCCGAAAAGUCAUAUUUAAUAUUUGAAUGUUUAAGGGCAAAAAUUGAAUCAAAAUUUGAUAUCACUUCAUUGUCAAAUAUUUCACAAAAUAUUAAAGAUUCGGGUUUUUCUUCAUCUUCAUUUUGUGAAAUAUCAUUGAAACGAAUGUCAACUAAUUCAUAUGAUUAUUUAUCAUCUGAAAUGGAUAUUGAUGAGACAAGUUUUUUUGAAAAAAUGAGUAUUGAAAAUGAAAUUAUCAAUAAUAAAGAUAGAAAUUUCAUUACAUAUCGUUCAGAAUCGAAUUUUACAAAUUCAAAUUCAACGAAACGUUAUAUGAAAUGGAGAAAAUCGAGAUCAUCAUUUACAAUUACAAAAAAAGUAAAAUCACGUAAAUUUGGUAAAAAAAAAUUUCAUUCUAAACCAAAAAUCAAUAAAAAUCAUUAUUUAAAGGAGAAUAAUAAUCAAUUUUUAACGGAGAGAAAUAAAAAUUAUGAGAAUUCGAUAAAAUUAAAUAAUUCAUUAUUCACUAAAAUAUGUAAUGUUGUUAUACCGGCAACAUUUAAACAACAUAUGCCAGUUAAUUCAUUAUCACAACAAAUGUUUGAUAAAAAAUUGUCAAAACAAAAAUAUACUCCUCUACUUAGUCCUUUACCUGUUCCUGCCAAUAUUGCAAGAACCAAAUCAAUUGUCACUUUGAAUCAUGAUGAUAGAAAGAUCGCGAGUCAAAAAACAUCUUCGGCUCCCUUUAAACGUCGCUCUACUAAAGCUGAUCGUACCAGGAAGGAUAUACAACCAUUUCUUGUGGUUGUAGAUGAAUCGAACGUUAACGCGUUACCUGAUCUGGCAUCAGUUAGAGCUCAUAUAGUUAAAGCCGAAUGGUUUUGGACGUCUGUACAAAAUGAAGGUGCAGCUGAUGAAAGAGAAUAUCUUUUUGAGGAUUAUUUGGAGUCUGUUAUGUCGCCCUCUGUUUCGGCGAGGAGAGACAGUCAACAAGCAGCAACACCAAGCACAGCAUCGACGAGAAGAAAACGUAAAAGACUUGCCGAAACAAUUUCUAGUCUCGUACAAAAUGGUACGGAUUCUCCAGCGGUACAUAAAAGGAGAUCUAGCAUUAGUGAUGCUGGUCAUUUAAGUGUCAGUGGGAGUUUUCUUGAUUGCACUACAAGUCCUGAAAAACAAUUAUUAGAUGAUAUUCCAGAAGUUGAAGCCGCAAAUUCCGAAUCAGGGAGAAAAAAUCUUUCACCUCGAUAUCAAGUUUUUUUGGAACUCGUUCAAACCGAAUCGAAUUAUGUUGGAAUUCUCAAUACAAUUAUGAAUUUAUUUAAAUCACCAUUGGAAGUUUUAAUAGAUACAAGUGGUGAAUUAUUAAAUAGUACAGAGGUGAAAAUAAUAUUCGACAAUUUUCCACCAAUUUAUGAUGUGCAUAAGAAAAUUUUAGAAAUGUUGCGUGAAAUUGCAGCAAAUUGGACGGAGGAAGUUAGUAUAGGAAAUAUAUUUUUGAAAUGUGCCCGUGAAUUAUUAACUGCCUAUCCUCCAUAUGUGAAUUUCUUUGAGAAUACAAAAGAAAUGUUGGACCAGUGCGAUCAAAAUAAACCGAGAUUUCAUGCCUUUCUUAAAGUUUGUCAAACCAAACCUGAAUGUGGAAGACAAAGUUUAAAAGAAUUGUUGAUUAAACCAGUGCAGAGAUUACCUAGUAUUAGUUUAUUAUUAAAUGAUAUUCUUAAGCACACAAAUAAAAAUAAUCCAGAUCACGGUGCCUUGGAACAUGCGAUUAGCAGUAUUAAGGAAGUGAUGACUUAUAUAAAUGAAGAUAAACGAAAAACGGAAGGACAAUUAGUUAUGUUUGAUAUAUUCAAUGAAAUUGACAAUUGUCCACCUCAUUUAGUAUCAUCGCAUAGAUCAUUUAUUGGUAAAUGUGAAGUAAUGGAAUUAAGCGAGGGUUUAAGUGGUCGUGGUGAUCAUUUAGUUCUUUUCUUAUUCACCGAUACAUUGGAGAUUUGUAAAAAAAGAUCGAAAGCUUUUAAUUCAUUAAAAAGUCCAAACACUGUUAAUGGCUUACAUUCUGCAAAAUUAAGUCAAGGAAAACCUUACAAACACAUUAGAAUGCUUUCUCUUAGUACGAUAAAAAAAGUUGUCGACAUUCGAGAAACUGAUGAGUGCCAUAAAGUAUUUGCCUUGAUGGUUCGAAGUAAUCAAGAAUUAAAAGAGAAAUUAUUUUCCUUCACAAUUACAGACGAAGAAGUGAAUAAAACAAAUUAUUUACGAACUUUGUGUCGACAAAUGGCGAACACAGUUUGUAAACCUGAUGCGGAUACAUUUCUAAUUAGUCUUGAUUCGCAUCAGUUGGAAAUCGAUACUAGUGACGUUGCAUUAGGAACAUUAAGUAAAGCAUUUAAGUUUGCAUCGCGUACAAGAAUGAAAGUUGGUCGAGCUUUUAGUUUUAACAAAACCCCAAGUAAAUUGAAGAGGGCAAUGUCAACAAUGAUGUCGCCGUUUGGGUCAACACACAGCCUUACACCUGCAAGUCAGCAACUUGCUCAAAUGAGACUGGCGAGUUGCAAUAAUAUUAACGAACUUGGCAAUGGCGCUCCAGGUUCGCAAAGUAGAGAUGAAGUUUUAGUAGCACCAAUGUCGGUACAACCGACACGAAAGGCAAAGUGCAGCACACUCAGUAUGGCUUCACUUCGAAGAAACUGUUCCGAAGAAAUAAUUCCAGACGAUUCUGAUCUUUAAGAGGAAAAUAAUAAUAAAAAAAAAAAAAAAAGAAAUGACGUCGUGCAUCAAAAACCGCAAUUUUUCGUCGAUUAAGAAAAGUGAUUGUAUUUCUUUUCUAUUAUUGAUGAAGAAAAUUUUCAAUGCCAGAAGCGUGAAAAUUUAGAGUUGUGAAACAAACAAAAAAUUAUAUUUCUUAGUGAAUAACUUGCCUGUCUAGAGUUUACGUAAUUAAGUUAUUAAUUUGUAUUUACUACACUUAGUAUGGGAGAAUUUUUUGUACAAAAAAAAAAAAAGAUUCUUAUUAUAUUCGACGAAAGUUAAUAAUUUUCUUAGUCUCAGGGAAAUUCCGAGAGAGAGCAAUAUUGUUAAAUUAUUAUAGUUUUCAGAUACAUAAAAAAAAAAUUUGCUCUAAGCAAAUAAAAUUUAUUAAGAAGAGAAAAAGAAAAUUCGAAAACUUAGUUUUUAAAGGUCAGGUUUUUAGAUGUAAGAUAAAAAUAAUGAAAUUUCCAGUGGCUCAAAUUUUGUAUAUUUGGACAAAAAGUGAUAUUUUAUAUAUAAAAAAAAAAUCUUUCUAAAUUAAAAUUAUUUUAUUUGGAAAUUUUUUUGAUAAAUACGUUUUAAAAAGACAACUUUUGAUCUUUUUUAAACAUUUAUAGAAAAAAAAAGAAAUUUAAUAAUAAUAAACACGCAAAAAACUAUUUGAUUUCAAUUGGAAAAUAAUAAAAACACAGUUUAAUUAACAAAAAUUAUGAACAUAAUAUAUAAAAUAUCUUAUUAAUAAUAGUAAUAUUAUUAAUAAAUUCUCUUUAUAAUUUAUUAAGUUUAUAUUGUAUAAAUAAAAAUUUUAGGAUUUACAAAAUACAAUUAAUUAAGAAAUGUAAAUAAUUUAAUAUGUAGACUGAAGUUUUUAGUACAAUAUGCAAACCAUGUAAACGUGUUAUUUUUUAUUGUGUAUAAAUGAAUGAAUCUUA